AUGGCUCCCAGGCUCCCAACAAUCACUGCUGGUGAGGUUAAGCGCCUUCGGAGUGCCGGGAAGCUCGUCGGCGAAGGACUGACCGCGAAGGCCUAUUUAGUCCAGCCGAAGAAUGGGAAGGAAGCCAUUCUGAAGGUGUGCAAGAAGAGGGAGUUCCAACACAUUGUAAAACAGGAGAUCAGCGUCCUUCAGAGGCUGAAGCCCGUAGCUCUCCUGAUGGAGUACUGCCAAGGGAGGACGCUCGAGGACCUUCGCUGGGACCCUGAGGUCAGCAACAAGACUAUGAUGGAGGUGGCGCUGCAGGCGACGCACCAGGUCUCAGAGCUCCACAAGAGGGGCUUCGCUCACAACGACAUCAAGACGGACAACUGCAUCGCGAACAUCAGCCACACGCCCUUCAGCGUUCGCCUGAUUGACUUCGGCAACAGCACACACCUCGGGGAGAGCCCCAGGUACGAGCUCGUCCCCGAGGGCAGUCACAUCGCGCCUGAGCUGUGUCGCCUCGGCAACGCGAGCACGGCCACCGACGCGUUCUCGCUGGGCUGCCUGCUGGUCGACCUGAUGGAGGCGAGGGCCAAGGGCUUCCCGAAGAUGGUAUCGCGCCUCUCCCAGUGCGCCGGGAGGGAGGAUCCCAAGUGGCGCCCCUCGCUGGAGCUGUUCGCGGAGGCGCUGCAGGCCGCCGUGUCCUAG